AUGGCCCUGUUCAUCUCGACCCGCCACGGAAGGCUUGAUGGAGUCCUGCGGGCCCACGCUCAUUUGCAUAUCUGCCUGGGUCUGGAGGAUGCCCAUGCUUCGCUACAACUCUAUAAACAAGCACCUCGAAAGUUCCCCACGAGAGGAGGAAGGAGCACAGGAAGGCAGAAGAGCUGCCUGGAGACCAGCCCUCGCCUCACAGUCAGCUGCUGCCGAAGUGGGAAGGGGCCCGGAUCCCGGGGACAGGAGACGACGAGGCUGCAGAGGGAGGCCCUUCUCUCAGCAAAACAGAGCCACAGAGAGACGCCAAGGGUAGCAUCCAGCAUCCGGCCAAAGAGAACUGCUCCCAGUGAAGCCAAGGCCAUGCACACCGGUGGUAGCCACGGGCUGGGUCCUGAGUCCCAGAGAGUCAGCCUCAUCCUUUCUGCAAGAGAAUCUGAUUCUCGGAAGGGAAAGCGGAGCGUGCAAGGGAGAAUCAAUUCAACUCAUGUGGCCUUCGCAAAGCAGCUUAUGAAUAAUGCAUGUGGCAAGAGACCUGGUCACCAUGCUGCUCACGUUCCAGAAAAGCAAAAAGAACACCACCGGGGGUCCGCUGACCCCUUAACAAGGGCUUUCAUUCUCGGCUCUGGGUUGAGGGUCUGCUUCUUUCUCAUUUGCACAAGCUUCUUCCUUGUUCUGCUCUGGGGUCAAACCCAGAGCAAUCAACCCUAUUCCAGGGGUAGGAAGCGAGCAAUGUGCAAGGACCUGACAGCGCGCCGUUUCUCUCCCCGCCCGCCUGGAACAGACUGGAAGCUGCCAACCCCUCUGGGACCUGUUUAUCCACCAUCGAUCUCGGGUCAGACCUCCACAAAAGCUGUGGGACGAAGCUGGGAGCUGCCUCUACCGGCAGCAAAGAGCUUCCGAAUACAUGAUGUAAGCCUUCCAAGGACCCCUUCUUUCCUUUAUCCUUUUCAGUCUGUAAAUGUGCCCCGUGCAGGGACUCGUCUAGGUGUCGGUCUGUGGUACUUGGUAACCACGUGCUCUCUGGGCUCCUCACUGCAGGCGCACCUGCCCCAGCAGGGCCCUUUCCGGCACUUCAUGGACAUGAAGGCAGAGAAGAGGCUGGCUGGCCGGAAGGAGCGUCGUAGUCGCUUUGGAGACAUCAACGUGCACAAGUGCUAUCAGUUUGGGCAGGUCUUCUGCCCUUUCCAGGUCCUCGCCACCACGGAGAUGCGAAGACUGGCUUUUCCCCAAGACCUGCCCGUGAGUCCGCACUUGCAGAACCUGGGCAUUCUGUGCACCACUGAAGGGAAUUUUCAGGACUUACCCUCGUCUUCUCCAGAGCUGGGCUGGGGAAAGGACACCGACAACCAUGAGAAAGACAAACCAUCAAGCCACAUUAAAACACCUUUAAUCCCUGCAAUAGUUAAAGCAACAAAAUCUAAUGACAUGAAAUAA